UAGAGUGCACACGGUGGUGAACUAGUGAAUAUUCUCAGCAAUGAGCCUAGUUAGUAUGGGAUUGCUGAUCUUUGACUUGAUGUUAACAUUAGCCGCCGAUACACCCGUCCCUAGAAGAGAUGAUCUUUUUCCUCCACGGGAGGCAUUGGAAUUUGCUGCAGAACCGCAUCGCUUGUGUGUUGCUGAAACCGGCGUUAGUGAGGCUGCUAUCACAAGAUUCAGCGAUGCCGACAUUUUUGAAGAUGACGAAAAACUGAAAUGUUAUAUGAGCUGUGUUUUCCAAAAGACAAAUGUAACGGAUGCCGGUGGAGAACUGCAUCUUGGAAAAUUGUUAGAUAUGGUACCGAAGGAUUUUGAAGAUAUUGCCCUGAAAAUGGGUGGGAAAUGUACCAAACCGAAGGGUAAAAAUGUGUGCGAGCGUGCUUUCUGGUUCCACAAGUGUUGGAAAAUGGCGGAUCCUGUGCAUUAUUUCCUACUUUAAUCAACCGUUUAUGGGCAGCUGAUUGGAACAAAUUAAUAUGAAAUGAGGAAAACAGUAAGCUAUACAGAAAUUCUAACUUAUCGUGAAAUGCUAAAAAUAAAAUUGAUUUUUCACUAAA